ACGUCACCAUGGCGACCGGAGGCGGACAGCUACCACACAUGUGUGACACAACGACGACUGUAAACAAAAAGCAAAUGCUUUUUAUUUAACUAGUUUAAGGGGUUUCCACAUUGUUUAGUUUUCCAUUACACUACUCGAACCGGCCUAUGAACAAAAACGUCAAACAGACGCAACUUCCAAGGCUCCGUGUCGUGACCUUAAAACGUCCCGCAGACUGGAAAUGAUCUUGUAUCUUUAACAAAGUUGUCAAGAGCAGUGAAACAAAUGAAGGCUUCAAAAGCAGCAGUUUCCAGUCAGCGGGCAGUCAGGACGUCCAAAAGAGCUGACAAAUCAUCUCCAGCGUCCACGCAGUGCUUCAUGGAAAGACUGCCAUCAGAAGUUCUUACAAAGAUUUUGUCAUAUCUGGAUGCCUCGGCACUUUUCAGCAUCAGCCACACCAAUAAGCUUUUCUAUCUGCUUGCCAGUGAUGACAUUCUGUGGAAAAAGAUAUACAUGUCUGAGUUUUGCAAGAAUAAAAAGCAGAUACCGAAGUUCCUGGAUGCAUUGAAGAUGGAAAGCGAGGAUCAUGUUACGGGCUACUGGAAGUCCCAGUAUUUCAAGACCAUCGCAACCCGUGAUUUGAAAAAGUGGAAACGACUUCUUGGACCCAUCAGCUUUCACACGGGUCUACCCAGCCAAACGGAGCAAGUCCUCAGAAACUUGCGUGUCGCCUGGGAGCUGACGGUCACUUCUACGUCGGGACACGAGAGCACUUUGGAGCUGAGUUGUUCCCACUUCUCAGAGACUUCUGUGACUCUGUGCUGGAGUGCAGGAUGCUACUUGCCCAACUAUGAGCAGAUUUCCACCCUUCAGCUCCACGGUGUCAGGAGGAUCACACCCAACUGCCCCAGCCUUAAGAAGAGGUCUCUCAUGUUACGGCUUGACAUGCACACUCUAAAUAAAAACGCGCAGACCUUUGGCCAGGACAGUCUGGUGCAGAUGAAGUUGCUUCAGCCUGGAGUCAUCGUCGGUGUCUGGAGGGACCAGUGCUCUGUGGCCUUCAUCACGUUCACCCUCCACAUCCACAGGCUGGUUGAGAGGAGCAGUCAGGGAUCUUCUGCCUGUACCUACGUGGAACCAAUCGUCAAACCUCCUUUUGAUGACACAGACCCUGAAUACGGUCUUCAUGGUUACCAACUACACAUUGUUCUUCACAACACGGUCUGCAAAGUCAUGUCUGAAAGCUUCUCCCAGCUCUUCUGCCGCAGAGCUCAGAUCUCUGAUGGGCUCGUCCAGUUCACCGCUGUUAACAGGACAAACUUGUCACAGCACAUCGCUCUGUCUGGCACCAUCAGCCUGCCCUGGCAGUGUGAGGCCCUGCAGGGCACUGUGGAGAAUUGCUGCAUCAUGAGUCUCACUCUGCUAGAUGAAUUCAGAAAACCCUUCAGAUGUGCCACUUCUCCUGUUUCCAUGGAGCUGGAUGACACUUCUGUUUGCUAUGACUAUGAUGGGGACCAGUACAUGAUCCACUAUCAGGACUCAGGCAUCCAGGUGAAGAUGCAGCUCGUACAGCUGAAGGACCAGAAGCAGGUUAUCCUCAUCAGUUUAGUAGUCUUUUUAAGUGUUGGUGAUGUCAACAAGCAUUUCAGUAGAGAUUACUGAUCUUGGUCUACUUCUACUGUAUUACAUCACAGAAUACUUUUUAUUUUUAUUUGUCACCACAAGUAGCCACCUUGUGGAAAAUACCAGGUGGAAGGUUAGGCAGGGCUGUUUCUGCUUCAAUGACAGUGGAGUUUAAAAUUUGUCAUUUUGUAUACUCACAAAACACUUGAACAUAAUCCAUAUCUGCUGGAUUUCUUAGUAUUGUGUUAUCUCAUCAUUCAAACA